GUGGUGUAGUACUUACGUCUACAGAAAUUCGAAAGUUCCUUGGACUUGUCGAGUUGUCACGCUGAAAUUUCUGCUGGGCGGUGGGGAUUGAAGAUUGAAGGAGAAAAACUAAACCGUAGAUCCGUGUGUGUACAAUUGUACAAGUGUUUCGCAAAGGAACAUACAUAAAAUGUCAUUUCAAUUUGUAACAAGCUGUCGUUUAUAAUCGUCGUAUUUGUAGGCGUGUCGAAGUCUUAAGGAGUGUCAGUAAUCGUAAAAAAGUGUUGUCUCGUCGAAUACGUGUUUUAAAAGUAAAUAAAAAGUGUUUAAUGUUGAUAAGUGCAAUAUCGCGAGGAUGCAAUGCCCGCGCGUAGAAGACGUGGUGCCUCGGAGUACGAUGAUGACUUCGUUGUAACAACUUCGGCCAAUUUGAACAGUGUUAAUAACCUUAACACUUCGAAUUAUUAUAAUGAAAGAUUAAACAUUGCGGGUGGUAAUAACGAUAUUAACGAAGAUACGAAAGAACGUGACAAUAGUUUUCCUGUAGUCAUGACGUCACGCGAUCGUAGCAGCGAAUUUGCAAGUGCAAUAAGAAGGAUGCAGGGCAGGACGGUUGCUCGAGCGACAGCUCGAGGACCUCGCCAAGCACGACAAAUACAAAGCUACUCUAAUUUCAUGAUGAUAGCUCAGAAUAUUGGCAAAAACAUUGCCAGCACAUACACCAAAUUGGAAAAAUUGGCAAUGCUGGCUAAGAAAAAAUCAAUAUUCAAUGACCGACAAGUUGAAAUUGAAGAACUAACGAACAUCAUAAAGACAGAUCUAAAUAGUCUGAAUAAGCAAAUAGCUCAAUUACAAGAAUUAGGAAGGAAGCAGAGAGAGGGAAAUUCUCAAGGUCACCACAUAGCUUCUCAUUCAUCAUCGGUAGUCGUUGCUCUACAAUCCAAACUUGCCAAUAUGUCAAAUCACUUUAAGAGUGUGUUGGAAGUUCGUUCCGAGAAUAUGCGAGAAGAACAGAACAGAAGGGAACAAUUUACACAAGGUGCUGUUUCACGACAACUGCCUCCUAGUGUGACAUCUGGAAAACAAGGUUCUUUGCUUCUCCUUGAGCAAGAUUCUAGUUCUUCUGUUAGCAUUGAUUUGGAGGGUGGAAUGGACCAACAGUUGAUGAUGCAACGUACUGUUCGAGACGAUACUGACGCCUAUGUUCAAUCGAGAGCGGAAACUAUGCAAAAUAUAGAAUCAACAAUAGUCGAGCUAGGUGGAAUUUUUCAGCAACUUGCACACAUGGUUAAAGAACAGGAAGAAAUGGUCGAGAGGAUAGAUAGCAACAUAGAAGAUACGGAAUUGAACGUCGAGGCUGCUCACACGGAAAUUCUGAAAUACUUCCAAUCAGUGACCAACAACCGAUGGUUGAUGAUUAAAGUGUUUGGCGUGCUGAUAUUUUUCUUCGUAUUUUUCGUUGUUUUCUUGGCGUGAAUAACAAAGUGGUAAAAAAAAGGGAUGAAACGAGGUUUGGUGACGAAUUGAGUUAUUUGGUCAAAUGAAUCGACAAAGAAAGACCCUAAUUUAAUUACUUUUAUCUACCAAAAUAUUUCUCAUAUCUGUAGUUCGUUGUCAAGCAUUGUUGAAAAAUGCAAAAAUACUAUUAACAAUGAUGGAAAAACCAAGAAAUGCAACGAGAAACAUAGCCAGAGGAAUUCCCGGGGAGAUUCGUUCUUAUUAUAAAUAUUGUAUUAUAAAUUAUAUGAUAUUUCAUUGCAUUCCUCCGACCUCGUGCUAAGAACGCUUCGAAAAGCUUCGAAAAAGAUUGUAUAAUAAAAAAACACAAACAAUU